AUGCGUGGCCAGUGCACCGAAUGGCAGUCGCAAGACUUGCCAUUGACCCCUGAGAAGUCAAGCUUGGUACCGGUACCACCUGCAUCAUGGAUGCCUGAGGAAGAUGCAGUCAGUUUGGAGCUGAGACACUCGAGUGAAGAGGAUUCGAAUGGGUCGGCAAGUCCAGAACCGCUGAUGGAAGGGCCAGGUGCUGCCGCUGUCCUGCGAGCCAAUGGAGUGUAUUUUCCUGUCGAAAAGAAGGAAGCUACAAGCAAGGACGAACAGGAAGGAGAUGCCCUAGGCAAACCAGAUGAUCAUGAUGAUACAAGGAAUACACAUGCUCAGGACAAGGAGCACGAUGAUCAGGAGAAGGAGGAGGAUGAUUCGAGAACCCAACAUUACUCUCCAAAGCAUGUGGAGCAAGAGGAGGAGCAAGGAGAUGACCAAGAGGAGGAGGAAGGAGAUGAGCAAGAGGAGGAAGAAGGAUAUGACCCAGAGGAGGAGGAGGAAAGCGAUGAUGGUCAUGAUGCGAAGAUUCCACUUGUGCUCCAUAGGGAGCAGAGAGUCCUCAGAAGGCCAGCGGGACAGGCCAAAAACAAAAAACAGCCCAAGGCUGCUGCUAAGGCAAAAGCUAAGGCAAAGAGUCAGGCGAAGGCAAAGGCAAAGGGAAAGGCAAAGGCAAAGGCCGGCGCAAAAGCAACAGAACCAGAGACGGCAGCUCCCGAGAAUGCUGCCGAUGCACCCCCGAAGAAGAAAGGAGGCUGGCCGAAGGGUAAAGCCAAGGCAAAGGCCAAGCAAGUCUGUGGGCCCCCGAAGAGGAAGGAUCCCCCAGCUGAUGAUAAGAAGGAUGAGGCAGAGAAGGAUAGCGAUGAUGCCCCCGCAAAACGCCCCAAGAAAGGAGUUUGCCUUGUCACCCCCGAGCAGAAGAAGCACCUGAAGUCGCUUAUCUGUCAUGGAGCCAUGUACCGUGUCGAAGUGUAUUGGACCUGCCAGCAGCCCAAAUGCGGAGUGCGAUGCAAAGAGUCAGGGAAAUCGCUGUUUUGCUACACUUUCGAAUCGUUCACGGUUCUGAUCGAGCUAUGCAACGAGCUGGUCACUUGCUUUAAGAUUGACAUGUUGUUAUCUUUGUAG